AUGGGGUCUUCGUUCUCAUGCAUGAAGGAAAAAGAAACCCCCGAGCACAAGGGCAAGCCUGCGGCCUCGAAGAAACAGCCGAGUCCCAAGGCGACCGCUAAAGACACUCCCAAGUCGCCACAGGCAGAGAGCACAUUGAUCUCUGCCGACGAUGUGGCGGCAAAGCGGCAUGAGAGGGAUCUGGCUGCGAACGAUCAAACUGUGCCGGUUACCCGAGAAGAAACCGUCAACAGCCAUGCUGCUCCCCGACGACAGAUGGAUAUUCAGAUCGACUCGGACCUGCCCCAAAAUUUCAAGGUCUGA